UUGUUCUGGCUAGCGGAACACAGGGCUGUGCUGAUGGCAGGCAGCUACCUGUCAACAAGCUAGGAAUAGCCGAAACUGAAGUCUGGUGGGCCUUUUAUCGUCUGCUUCUUGUCAGGUUUCCCGGGCCCUUUCGGUGUAGCCAAACAAGGCUGCAGUGUUAUGGAUGCACCAUGAAGGCCCAAUUACAAGUCACAGUGCUUUCAGCCAAGCUGAAGGAAAACAAAAAGAACUGGUUUGGUCCCAGCCCUUAUGUUGAGGUGGUCGUGGAUGGCCAGUCGAAAAGGACUGAGAAGUGCAGCAACACGCACAGUCCCAAAUGGAAGCAGGCCGUCACAGUAAUUGUGACUCCCGUCAGCAAGCUGAUCUUUCGUGUUUGGAGCCACCAGACGCUGAAAGCAGACAUCCUUUUGGGAAUAGCCAUACUAGAGAUCAGGGAGACCCUUAAGGCCAACGACCUGAAACUAUGUGAGGUGGUGCAGACACUGCAGCUGUGCUCUGACAGAGACACUCGGGAUGUUAUAGGCGACCUGUCAGUCUGUCUGGACGGCAUGCAGGUAGACCCAGAAACCUUUGCAUCGGCCGAGAGAGAACAUGCGACUGUUUCAAAUGGAAAUACAAGACAAAAUGGAGACACUGGCAACAGGUCAAGCAGGGACACAUCUCCCUCCAGUGACUCAGAGGAGUGGGUUAUCGUACCUAACGGUCAUCCAGUCAAUGGCACGGGUUCUCCUUCCCUAUCUCCAGGGGGCUCCAACGCCUUGCGCCCUCCCAGACCUGCCCGGCCUCCUCCUCCCACGCCUUGCAGACCUGCAGCCUCACCGACCUCUUCUAGCAGCUCCUCCCCAAGUGAGCUGAGCGAAUGUCCGGCUUCCGAUGGCUCAUCCCAGGCGUCAGCUGGUGGGUGUUCAAAUCAGCAGAAUGACUCGGGCGCAGGAACAGCAACAGCAGGUUCUACCCAGACAGCAAGUGGACCCAAACCAGGGGCCUCUUCCUCAGCAGCUCCGGCCACAACAACUCCCAGAAUCACACCCAUCAGCAACGGCCCCUUACCACCAGGGUGGGAGCAAAGGGCGGACCAGAACGGACGGCUUUACUAUGUGGAUCACAUUGAGAAAAGGACAACCUGGGAGAGGCCUGAUCCUCUGCCUUCAGGGUGGGAGCGCCGGGUGGACCCGAUGGGUAGGGUGUACUAUGUCGACCACAUAACCCGGACUACUACGUGGCAACGCCCCACGCAGGAGUCGGUGCGAAACUAUGAAGAGUGGCAGCACCAGCGCAGCCAGCUGCAGGGAGCCAUGCAGCAGUUUAACCAGAGGUUCAUUUAUGGGCUCCAAGACCAGUUGGCAGCUACGGCCAACAAAGAGUUUGACCCGCUGGGACCUCUGCCACAUGGUUGGGAGAAGAGAACCGACACCAACGGCAGAGUGUAUUUUGUUCAUCACCCGACUCGGGCGACACAGUGGGAGGACCCCAGGACACAAGGGCUGCUGAACGACAAGCCCCUGCCAGAGGGCUGGGAGAUGAGGUUCACUGUGGAUGGUAUUCCCUACUUUGUGGACCACAACAGGCGAACCACAACCUACAUUGACCCUCGCACGGGGAAAUCCUCCCUGGAGAAUGGGCCACAGAUAACGUAUGUCAGAGACUUCAAAGCCAAAGUGCAAUACUUCAGGUUCUGGUGUCAGCAAUUGUCGAUGCCUCAGCACAUUAAGAUUAACGUCUCGCGGAAAACCUUGUUUGAGGAUUCCUUUCAACAGAUCAUGAGCUUCCACCCUCAAGAUCUGAGGCGGAGACUGUGGAUCAUUUUCCCUGGAGAGGAAGGCUUGGAUUAUGGAGGUGUGGCCAGGGAAUGGUUUUUCUUGCUCUCUCAUGAAGUGCUGAACCCCAUGUACUGUUUGUUCGAGUAUGCUGGCAAGGACAACUACUGCCUCCAGAUUAACCCCGCCUCCUACAUCAACCCUGAUCACCUGAAGUACUUCAAGUUCAUAGGACGCUUCAUUGCCAUGGCCUUGUUCCAUGGCAAAUUCAUCGACACGGGUUUCUCCCUGCCCUUCUACAAGCGCAUGCUGAACAAACCUCUGGCUCUCAAAGACCUGGAGUCCAUAGAUCCAGAGUUUUACAACUCACUCAUCUGGAUCAAGGAUAAUAACAUAGAGGAGUGUGAACUGGAGAUGUUCUUCUCCGUUGACAAGGAGAUCCUGGGCGAGGUCACCACCCAUGAGCUGAAACCAGAUGGAGGGAACGUCCAAGUAACUGAGGAAAAUAAGGAGGAGUACAUCAGGCUGGUGGCAGAGUGGAGGCUGUCCAGAGGUGUGGAGGAACAGACUCAAGCUUUCUUUGAGGGCUUCAAUGAAGUUUUGCCGCAGCAGUACCUUCAAUACUUUGAUGCUAAGGAGUUAGAGGUGAUGCUGUGUGGGAUGCAGGAGAUAGACUUGGUGGACUGGCAGAGAAACUCAAUCUACAGGCAUUAUGCACGAAGCAGCAAACAGAUCCUCUGGUUCUGGCAGUUUGUGAAGGAGAUGGACAACGAGAAGAGGAUGAGACUGCUGCAGUUUGUCACAGGAACCUGUCGCCUUCCUGUGGGUGGUUUCGCUGACCUGAUGGGAAGCAACGGCCCUCAAAAGUUCUGCAUUGAGAAAGUGGGCAAGGAGAACUGGCUUCCACGAAGCCACACAUGCUUUAAUCGUCUGGACCUCCCUCCUUACAAGAGCUAUGAGCAGCUGAAGGAGAAGCUCAUGUUCGCCAUAGAGGAGACGGAAGGCUUUGGGCAGGAGUAAUGCAACAAGAGGCCCGAGCUGCAGGAUGGGAUGGAGGAGUGUGGGCUUGGAGGAGCCAUAUCCCUUUCAGACGAGCACUUUUCCACAGAUUCUCCUCGCAGCCAGGAGCUGCUUAAAAAAAACAACAACUGGUGAUGGAUGUACAAAUCUUUAUUUUCUAUCAUAUACAGUAACAACUGUAGGCUGUUUCGUCACACAUUCAUUUGUCCCACGAGAGACUUGUGAAUACUCCUCACUCCGUUUCACUUCUCACCUGGUCGGUUCCACCCUGAUGCAGCUGAUCUCACUUCGCCCUGGUCAGCCCACUAUUAGGCGGCGAUGGAGGCAGGAGAGACGCCUUUCUCACCCCGUCAUGUCUGCACUCGCUGGACGUUGCGAAAGUACAGUUUCUACACGUACAUCCAUGUAAUUGUGCAGCAGUAACUUCUUAAGAGACGCCGUGUCGGGGCUAUGCACUAGAAUGACUCAUUUUAGAGAAAAGAACCAUAUUGGUGCAUUUUGACCUAAAAUAAAAAGGUCCAUAUCUAAAAGUAACAUCAGAAGGCACAUGUAUGGUUUUGGGUCUUUCGGACUCAGCUUUUUAUUUUUCUUUAGUUGAAAGCCUGUAUGUAUGAAUGAAUGGAUGAUUUUUUUUUUUUUUUAACAGCCGUAGCACAUACGCAGUUUCUUUAACAACUUUGAUAAAUAUGAUCAUGCUAAUUGUAGUAAUAAUUUCCUCCUUAUUUUUGACAGGUUGAUUUCUUAACUUUAUAACGAGUUGGAACUUUGAACUAGUUUGCACAUAGCUAUGUGAGCAGCGAGGUGGUUGUGAUUGUUCUUAAGAGAGGUUGUAUUUUUAUGUGCAAUAGUUUUGUAGAAAACAAAAACAAACAAUUUUGCCAAUAAUAGAGCCAAACAGUGAUUUGUUUGAUCAUUUUAUAACACUUUGGUAAGUUUCAACAUGUACUCUUGAUUUAAAUUCUUAAUAUGAACUAGAGCACAUUUGCAUAUUUGCAAGUGUAUAUGGUGAAACUGGUUUGGUUGUGAUUUGAUUAGAAAAGUUUGCCUUCCCAAAAUGAUCUGCGCUGUCUAAUAUCAGCCCGUUUGACGAUGAAUGGUCACCGUCUUUACCAUUUCAGGAAGAGCGAAGUCUUUUCUUGAUGAUUAUGAGCUGUUACUAAUGAAGUGGGAGCUUUAGGGUGUGUUUUGUAAUGCAGAACAAUGAUUUGUUGAACCUAUUCCCACUGAAAGGUAGCCAAUUCGCUGGUAGAUGUCCAGACUUAAGUAUUAUCGGAGUUAUAUAAUGAAGAUAGUGAAUCCUAACUGUUUAACGUGUGUAGGUGACUAAUGCAGUUUAUGUACAUAUACUUACAAUCUAGAAAAAUGUGUUUUUAAUAUCUUAAUACAUUUAGUUCACCCAAGCAGUGGACCCCUUUUGAGUUGCAGGCAUAAGUUGAUAAUUAAGAUUUGUAUUAAUGUAAAAUAAGUGGCCCUAGUUUUAUAGGGUGAUAGGUAUUCAGAUUUGUACAGUAGUAUAUCGGCGUAUUUCAUGUCUUUUCCAAAAAUAGCUCCGCUAACGUCAAACUUAAAGUUUCUUUUUAGUAUCAGGUAGAGUAUCACUUUAAGAAAACGACUAUGGAAACGAUCUACCAAAGGAUGUUAUUUAAUUAUUUUCUUUGUUAACCAUUUGACUUUAAAGUCUAGUCACCAAGUGUGAUCGGUUUUUAACAUCCCCCCCCAAAUGAUUACACGUUUCACAUCAGUUGUCACCAUUGAGUUGUUAGUUGGCCUUUAUAUUAGUGGGUAACACUGUGAGGUUUAAAAAGGUAGCGCCGCUACUUCAAUCUUAAAUACAAAAUUUCAAUCUGUAAAGUGAUAUUUUGUAUCGACUUUUAACUGUCCGUGUGCGUGUGUGUGUGUGUGUGUGUGUGUGUGUGCGUGUGCGUGUGUGUGUGUGAGAAAUCUUGAUUACAGUUUCAGCAAGUUCCCAGUAAAGUGUAAUAGUAAAUUUCCACAUGUUGUGUAUGAACCAUGUUGCCGUUUCAUAAUGUCAAUGCUGUUACUACAGAACAAGAUGCUGGUUGUCCUAAGCGCUCCCUCACUGACAGAUGUUUCUGCUCCCUUUAUUCUUAUUUGUCUCAAAUGUUUCACAUUAUCUCACAUUUUUACCCCUUACUGGCCGUAAUAAACACACGCAUAGACCUACAAAACUACUACAGUUGUGCAGACGUGAAGAGAUUAUUGUGCAAAAAAAAAAAAAACAGAAAAAGGAAAAAAAAAAAAGGUUUGUGAUCAAAAAUGUUUACUGUUGAAUAUUUUAACAGAUGACAACUAAAUAAUAUAGCACCUUGACACUCCAAACUGGUUGAAUUAACCACUUCACUGUUUAAUCACUGCUGUGUUCCAGAUCAUGGAGCAGUUCAAUGUAUAGAAAUAUGCAAAAUAGUGUUUGUAGUUGUGCUGAUUGCAUUGUAAAUCAUGUUGAUAGUGUAAUCACUGUUUUUUGAAGCUCUAACUUUUUUUGAUAAGUGGAAGUCAAUGAAUACUAUUUAUUUGGAAGAUGGGUUUCAUGUAACAAUGGACUGGAUUGAUUGACAAAAAAACAACAGUAAUAAAAUGAUUUAAACACUGGGCUCCUGCAUGACACUUGUGAAGUGUUCAUUAUUAUCACAGCAACAUUUUUCUCUACAAUAUCCUACACGAUUUAUUCUAAGUCAAUUGUUUUUUAUAUUAAACGCAAAGGGAUGUUC